GUUUGAUCGCAUCUCCUGAAAGUGUUGGCACCCAAUUAGGCCCCAGCAUGACGGCUCGGGCUUGGCCAGCCGGCAGCGCUCUAGUGAUCCUUCUGCUCGUCUCGACGAUCCUACUCUAUUUUGUGCCCUCCAGGUUCCGGAAGGGCUCUCUCCUCCUCCAGAGCGGAAAGGAAGUCAAUUCCCCCCAAUUUUCCCAGCCAUCCGGUCCUUCAACAGGCUUCGAUCUCUUGCGUUUGUCUGAAAAUGGGACAAGGAGCUGUCACAACGUGAGCACGGCAUUCGGGUACCUGUUUGGAGUUCCCAGGCCGGAGGAGAGCAGCGGGAUCAUCACCUUGUCCACGGAUCAGGUUCACAGGUUUUGGAUCGUUUCAUUCGCCGCCGAUGGAAGCAAGAGGUGCUUUGGAGGAGAUUUCUAUGAGACAGAUCUCUCAGGUCCAAAGUGGAAGUCACGACCACCAACAACGGACUUUGGAGACGGCUCAUACCUCGUGGAGCUCAAGGUUGAUGGAGAUUUUGCCGGGAUUUACAGCUUCAAGGCCAUCCUUCUCUUCGCAAAUUUGCAUGGAAUGGAUUCACACCCGGAGAGAUGGUUCCGCGGUCAGGAACAGUUCGUUCUCCAGAUCAACUUCACGUCCAGCGGCGAGCAUCACCGCUCAAGGCCACUCCCAGUUUGCACAAGCAACGACUUGAAAUCGUCAGCACCAACAAAGUGGUGGGGGCAAUGGACGAGAUCACUGACUUCAAACGAGAAAUCCUGCGAGCUAGACCACGAUGGACGAUACCUCUGCCUGGACGGCGACGAGAAGUACUGCGAGACAACGUCCUCACGCUGCACAGGAACUCUGGCAAGCCUGGAAAGCAAUGGAUGGGUCUACUCCACUGGAACCUGCGAGUUCCAUCUCUGGAACCAGUCUGAGGCGUGGCAGUGCUUGGACGGGAAGAAGAUCUUCUUCUGGGGGGACUCAAACCACCAGGACACCAUUCGCAACCUCAUGAACUUCGUGCUGGGAUUUCACCAAGGCCUGCUUCCACGGACUUUCAGCACCACUGUCGCCAAUCCUUCCAAUUCUUCGCAGAAGAUGGAAGUCGUGAGCGUUUUCAAUGGCCACCCGGAUCCAUCGAGAGACGACCGCGGUCUAGAAUCACUCUACGAACAGCAGUAUCGCGAGUUUGUGGAGGACGAGUUCUUCCGCGAUGGGUCUCCCGACGCGGUCAUCCUCAACUCGGGCCUCCACGACGGGAUUCGAUGGAACAGCGCGGCGGAAUUCGCCGCCGCCGCCGACUACGCCACGGCCUUCUGGAAGGAGCUCGUCAACGGCACAGGCACGAGAGUGAUCUUCCGCUCCACCGUCACGCCCGCAGGCGCGUCGAGAGGAAUGCAAUCCAACCCCGCCAAGAUGGAAGCCUUCAAUGCGAUACUCGGGGAGAAGAUCCGGCGCGCCAUGGAUCAUGCAAGAUUUGUGGAUGCCUACGACAUGACCUUUCCCUGGCACUACGAUCACUGCUGCAGCGAUGGAGGGCACUAUGGGCGGCCGCCAUCGCUCUCGUCCUGGCAUGGCGGCAUCGGCCACCGCUACUUCGUCGAUCUAAUGCUCGUCCACAUCCUCCUCACGGCUAUUUGCCCCAGUUAGUUCAAAAGCAUUUUUUGGAGGGAUUUGACACGUUUGGAACCCUAAAACAAAUGUUCUCCAUGAAAUCCAUGAAAGAAGACG